GCCUCCUGCCUCUGCGGCUCCGCGCCCUGCAUCCUGUGCUCCUGCUGCCCCUCCAGCCGCAACUCCACCGUGAGCCGCCUGCUCUUCACCGGCUUCCUCCUCCUGGGGGUGCUGGUGUCCAUCAUCAUGCUGAGCCCGGGCGUGGAGAGUCAGCUCCACAAGCUGCCCUGGGUGUGCGAGGGUGCCGAGACGCCCGGCGUCCUGCAGGGCCACAUCGACUGCGGCUCCCUGCUGGGCUUCCGCGCCGUCUACCGCAUGUGCUUCGCCACGGCCGCCUUCUUCUUCCUGUUUACCCUGCUCAUGAUCUGCGUGCGCAGCAGCCGGGACCCCCGGGCUGCGGUCCAGAACGGGUUUUGGUUCUUUAAGUUCCUGAUCCUUGUGGGCAUCACCGUGGGUGCCUUCUACAUCCCUGAUGGCUCCUUCUCCAAUAUCUGGUUCUACUUCGGCGUCGUGGGCUCCUUCCUCUUCAUCCUCAUCCAGCUGCUGCUGCUCAUCGACUUCGCCCACUCCUGGAACCAGCGGUGGCUGGGCAAGGCCGAGGAGUGCGGCUCCCGCUCCUGGUACGCAGGCCUCUUCUUCUUCACCCUGCUCUUCUACGCGCUGUCUAUCGCGGCCGUGGCGCUGCUCUUCGUCUACUACACCCAUCCCGGCACCUGCCACGAGGGCAAGAUCUUCAUCAGCCUCAACCUUGUCUUCUGCUUGUGCGUCUCCAUCGUCGCCGUGUUGCCCAAGGUCCAGGAAGCCCAGCCCAACUCGGGUCUGCUGCAGGCCUCGGUCGUCACACUGUACACCAUGUUUGUCACCUGGUUGGCCCUGUCCAAUGUCCCUGACCAGAAAUGUAACCCGCACCUGCUGACCCAGCUCAGCAAUGAGACGGUGCUGGCCGGCCCCGAGGGCUAUGAGACCCAGUGGUGGGAUGCACCCAGCAUUGUGGGGCUCGUCAUCUUUAUCCUGUGCACCCUCUUCAUCAGUGUGCGCUCCUCCGACCACCGGCAGGUGAACAGCCUGAUGCAGACCGAGGACUGCUCCAUCGCGCUGGAGGCCACGCAGCAGCAGCAGCAGCAGCAGGUGGCCACCUCUGAGAACCGAGUUUUUGACAACGAGCAGGAUGGCGUCACCUAUAGCUACUCCUUCUUCCACUUCUGCCUGGUGCUGGCCUCCCUGCACAUCAUGAUGACCCUCACCAACUGGUACAGACCCGGCGAGACGCACAAGAUGAUCAGCACAUGGACCGCUGUGUGGGUCAAGAUCUGCGCCAGCUGGGCAGGACUGUUCCUCUACCUGUGGACCCUGGUGGCGCCCCUGCUCCUGCCCAACCGCGACUUCAGCUGAGGCAGCCCCUGCAGCCUGCCCACCCGGUGGUACCUUGGGUUCAGUGACAGCCCCUGCCUGCUCCCCACACCCCGUCAGCCCGGCUGAACUGCUCCCUGCAAGACUGGCCCCGAGCUGGGCCCCAUCUCCGUGCCUUUGGGUCUGAGAGGCAGUGGGCUCACCUGAACUCCACUCUCCCGCCGCCCCAGACCACAGAGCUGCCUCUUCCUUCCCUGCCCGGUCACCCCCAUGCCCCGUUUUAGGACAGAAGCCCCAACCCCACCCCAGGGGCUGGAGGAGAGGGGCCAGAGCCACACAGAGGGCAGCGAGCACGCCGGUGCCCAGCCCUGAGCCUGCUGUUCCCCACCCAGCCCCUUCCUGGACCACGUGCCUUAGCAAGUCUCUGAGACUUCGCCCAAUAAACACGACUACGUGUGCCUGCCCA